UUAUGAAAUCAAUGCCCACAAAUACUGGAAUGACUUCUACAAAAUCCACGAAAAUGGAUUUUUCAAGGAUAGACAUUGGCUUUUCACCGAGUUCCCUGAGCUGGCAUCUUGCCAAAACCAAAAUCACUCGAAUGGUUUGCUCUUGGAGAGCAAGAGGCGUGAACUACCUGAAUGUAGCAGCAGUGAGGGUGAACCUGGUUUAAUGAUAGAAGGACAGAACAAGGGUUCUUCUAACAGCCUUGGACAUGAAAAACAGACAUGUGGGGAGGAGAAUGUGACUGAGAAGCUCAGUCACCUGGAAGUGUGUACCAAUGACUUUCCCGGGUCCUCAGCCACCUACCGGAUACUCGAGGUUGGCUGUGGUGUGGGAAACACAGUCUUUCCAAUUCUACAGACCAACAAUGACCCAGGACUCUUUGUUUACUGCUGCGACUUUUCCUCCACAGCCAUAGAACUGGUCAGGACGCAUCCAGAGUAUGACCCUGCACGGUGUUUUGCCUUUGUUCACGACCUGUGUGAUGAGGAGCGGAGCUACCCUGUGCCAAGGCACAGUCUCGAUGUCAUCGUUCUCAUAUUUGUUCUUUCAGCCAUUGUUCCAGACAAGAUGCAGAAGGCCCUCAGCAGGCUGAGCCAGCUCCUGAGGCCUGGUGGGGUGAUGCUCCUGCGAGACUACGGCCGCUACGACAUGGCGCAGCUGCGCUUUAAGACAGGUCAGUGUCUGUCUGGAAAUUUCUACGUGAGAGGUGAUGGUACCCGAGUGUACUUCUUCACACAAGAGGAGCUCGACACACUCUUCACCACCGCGGGGCUGGAGAAGGUCCAGAGCCUUGUGGACCGCCGGCUGCAGGUGAACCGGGGGAAGCAGCUGACCAUGUACCGGGUCUGGAUUCAGUGCAGAUAUCGCAAGCCUCUGGCAUCCAUCAUCCGCUGAAGCUCCUGCCGCCAUGCCAGCUCGUUGCAUUUCGGGCUUGUAAGAAAGAACAGCCACAGCCCAGGGUGUGGUGGUGUGCCUGUAAUCCCAGCUACUCUAGAGGCCAAGGCUGGAGGACUGCUUGAGCCUGGGAGCUAAAGUCUAGAUGGGCAACACAGGGAGGUCCUGUCUCUAAAGAAAAACAAAAAUAAAGAAUGUCUAUAAAUGAU